CUUUCCCAAGAGGCUGCUCCCAAAAAAAAACCCUAUCCUUGGGUGUUUCUGGGGCAGAGUGGGAGCUGGAGCAGAGGAUGCACCUCGGUUACUACAGGAGCAAAGAGCGAGUUGGCAACUUCUCCCUGGGGCUGCUGGUCCUGCAGUGCCUCCCUUUUCCCAGGAAAGCCUGGGAAUGUGGAACUGCUGCACCUUGCUGCUGGAAUUUCUUGGCUCAAACGCAGCAAAAUUCCAGCUGCUGCCCUGCCCGGGGGUCAGCCUGGAAAAAGGGGAGGGAUCUGGAGCCUGCAGCGCUGCUUUAGGUCAACCCUUCCUUUCUCUGUGCAAUAAAUGGAUUAAUUUGCUUUUUAUAGAGAAAAAAAAAGACUUUUUUUCCCCCCUUUUUUUUUCUUUUUUUACUUGUCUGCACCUUGUGGGCAUUUUGUGGGCUGUGCUGGCAUUCCCAGGUUGGUUUUGUGUGGAGACAACCUGCGUGCUGGAAUUCCAGGGAGGUUCUGUGCCAGAUCCAUGGGCUGUACUCCAUUCCCAGGGUGGUUUUGUGUGGAUCCAACCUCUGUGCUGGAAUUCCGGGAUGGUUCUGUGCAGAUCCAUGGUCUGUGCUCCAUUCCCAGAGUGGAUUUCUAUGGAUUCAACUUCUCUGCUGGAAUUCCAGGGUGGUUCUGUGCCAGAUCCAUGGUCUGUGCUGGAAUUCCAGGGUGGUUCUGUGCAGAUCCAUGGUCUGUACUCCAUUCCCAGAGUGGAUUUCUAUGGAUCCAACCUCUGUGCUGGAAUUCCAGGCUGGUUCUCUACCAGAUCCAUGGUCUUGCUCCAUUCCCAGGGUGGAUUUCUUUGGAUCCAACCUCUCUGCUGGAAUUCCAGGGUGGUUCUGUGCAGACCCAUGGUCUGUACUCCAUUCCCAGAGUGGAUUUCUAUGGAUCCAACCUCUCUGCUGGAAUUCCAGGAUGGUUCUGUGCCAGAUCCAUGGUCUGUGCUGGAAUUCCAGGCUGAUUCUGUGCAGAUCCAUUGUCUGUGCUCCAUUCCAGGGUGGAUUUCUUUGGAUCCAACCUCUCUGCUGGAAUUCCAGGGUGGUUCUGUGCAGAUCCAUGGUUUGUGCUCCAUUCCCAGAGUGGAUUUCUAUGGAUCCAACCUCUCUACUGGAAUUCCAGGGUGGUUCUGUGCCAGAUCCAUGGUCUAUGCUGGAAUUCCAGGGUGGAUUUCUUUGGAUCCAACCUCUCUGCUGGAAUUCCAGGAUGGUUCUGUGCAGAUCCAUGGUCUGUGCUCCAUUCCCAGAGUGGAUUUCUAUGGAUCCAACCUCUGUGCUGGAAUUCCAGGCUGGUUCUGUGCAGAUCCAGCCGCUCCAGCUGGCAGUGCCAAGCACUACACCACUUUUCCAAAGGAGAAUCCCUGUUUCCCAGGGCCCUCCCAGGCCCCCACUAACAGUAUUAACCCCGGGCCUGGGGCUCUUAAACCUGAUUUAAACCCGGGAGGGUCGAGCUCAGUCCUUGCAAGGACUGGGGGGCGUUUGUGUAAAUAAUAAAAUAUGAAUAAAACUGAAAUCUCUGUAUCUGCAA